CUGAAUUGUAAAAGGACGCUGUCACUUUCAGAUUAGGAAACCAAAUCGCUUCGAAACGUUGAGCCACUGCUCUGCGCUUUUCGCUAGCUACGCGUUGUCACCGGUCAGCUACGAAAUGUUUGAGACGUACGUUCACCAAUCUACCGCCGUCUGUGCAUGAAGAUCUGCGGAUUUAUCUGUGUUUUAUUCGAAGUUGCAACGCGACGAUGAUCUGCAUCGACAGCUAGCGAGCUAGCUAAUUAGUCUGAAUUCGUAAUUCCUUCGUUUUACCCAAGAACAAGGCAUUAUUGUUACAUGUGGGCUGGUUCUGAAAAACAGCGACUGGAGAGAAGGAACGGAACUGAGCGCACAAGAAGGGGUUGACAGGUGCCUUUACAAGGAUUGGUGCGGUACAGAUGCCGGUCCAAAGAACUAUGUCCGAUCUCCGAUCCCGGGUGGAAGGGUAUGAGAAGACAGAGGACGCCUCGGAGAAGACCUCUCUGGCCGAUCAGGAGGACGCCAGGCUGAUCUUCAUCAACCAGCCCCAGCUGACCAAGUUCUGCAACAACCGUGUCAGCACCGCAAAGUACAAUGUCCUCACAUUCCUGCCAAGGUUUCUGUAUUCUCAGUUCAGGAGGGCAGCCAACUCCUUCUUCCUGUUCAUCGCUCUCCUGCAGCAAAUUCCGGAUGUUUCCCCGACGGGACGCUGGACCACCCUGGUCCCCCUGCUCUUCAUCCUGGUGGUGGCGGCCGUGAAAGAGGUCAUCGAGGACCUGAAACGGCACAAUGCAGACAGCGUCGUAAACAGGAAGGAAACGCAAGUGCUGAGGAACGGCGCUUGGGAGAUCGUCCACUGGGAGAAGGUUUCUAUCGGGGAGAUAGUCAGAGCCACCAAUGGAGAUCACCUCCCUGCCGACCUCGUCAUUCUGUCAUCCAGCGAGCCCCAAGCAAUGUGCUAUAUUGAGACCUCAAACUUGGAUGGAGAGACAAACCUUAAAAUACGACAGGGCUUACACGUCACCGCGGAAAACAAGGACAUCGACAGCCUGAGCAGGCUGGGCGGGCGCAUGGAGUGCGAGAGCCCCAACCGUCACCUGUACGACUUUGUCGGCAACAUGAGACUGGAAGGCCACAGCACCGUGCCACUGGGUCCAGACCAGAUACUGCUGAGGGGCGCCCGGCUGAGGAACACGCAGUGGGUUCACGGCAUCGUGGUCUACACCGGGCACGACACCAAGCUCAUGCAGAAUACAACACGGCCACCCCUGAAGCUGUCGAAUGUGGAGCGAAUCACCAACUUCCAGAUCCUGGUUCUGUUUGGCUGUCUCCUAGCAAUAUCGCUCGUGUGCUCCAUCGGUCAGACCAUAUGGAAGGCGCGUCACGGCAACGACGCCUGGUACAUGGACCUCAACUCUCCAGAUGGUGGCGCUGCCAACUUCGGCCUCAACUUCCUGACCUUCAUCAUCCUCUUCAACAACCUGAUUCCCAUCAGCCUGCUGGUCACCCUGGAGGUCAUCAAGUUUGUCCAGGCCUACUUCAUCAACUGGGAUAUGGACAUGCAUUAUGAACCUACCAAAACUCCAGCCAUGGCAAGGACGUCUAACCUCAACGAAGAACUGGGACAGGUGAAAUACAUCUUCUCAGACAAAACGGGGACCCUGACCUGCAACGUGAUGCAGUUUAAGAAAUGCACCAUCGCGGGCGUAGCCUACGGCCACUGUCCUGAAGCUGAGGACUUUAGUAUGUCAGGGGAUGACUGGCACACUGCGCAAUCAGCUGAAGAAGGGGGCUUUAAUGAUCCCAGCUUACUGGAGAAUCUCCAGAGCAAUCAUCCCACUGCGCCCGUGAUCCUGGAGUUCAUGACCAUGAUGGCCGUGUGUCACACCGCCGUCCCGGAGAGGACCGACGACAAGAUCAUCUAUCAGGCGGCGUCUCCAGACGAGGGGGCGUUGGUGAGAGCGGCGCAGAACCUGGGCUUCGUGUUCUCGGGGAGGACCCCGGACUCUGUCAUCAUCAAAUCCCUGGGCGAGGAGGAGAAAUACGAGCUGCUGAACGUGCUGGAGUUCACCAGCAACCGGAAGAGGAUGUCGGUUAUCAUGCGCACUCCUUCGGGGCGGAUCCGGCUGUAUUGCAAAGGAGCUGACACAGUCAUUUACGACCGGCUGGCCGACAGCUCCAAGUACAAGGACAUCACGCUGAAGCACCUGGAGCAGUUUGCGACGGAGGGGCUGCGCACGCUGUGCUACGCGGUGGCCGACAUCUCGCAGGCCACGUACCAGGAGUGGCUGGACGUGUACCAGCGCGCGUCCACCGCGCUCAACAACCGCGCACUGAAGCUGGAGGAGAGCUACGAGCUCAUCGAGAAGAACCUGCAGCUGCUGGGAGCCACAGCCAUCGAGGACAGGCUCCAGGACAAAGUCCCUGAGACCAUCGAGAUGCUUAUGAAGGCCGACAUCAAGAUCUGGAUCCUGACCGGGGACAAACAGGAGACCGCCAUCAACAUCGGACACUCCUGCAAACUGCUCACCCGUAACAUGGGCCUGGUGGUGAUUAAUGAAGGCACACUGGACGGCACCCGGGAGACCCUCAGCCGACACUGCGGCAUGCUGGGAGACGCCCUGCACAAGGAGAACGACUUCGCGCUCAUCAUCGACGGAAAGACGCUCAAGUACGCCCUCACCUUCGGCGUGCGACAGUACUUCCUGGACCUGGCCCUGUCCUGCAAGGCGGUCAUCUGUUGCAGGGUGUCCCCGCUGCAGAAGUCGGAGGUGGUGGAGAUGGUCAAGAAGCAGGUGCGCGUGAUCACGCUGGCCAUCGGCGACGGCGCCAACGACGUGGGCAUGAUCCAGACCGCUCACGUGGGCGUGGGCAUCUCGGGCAACGAGGGCCUCCAGGCUGCCAACUCGUCGGACUACUCCAUCGCACAGUUCAAGUACCUGAAGAAUCUGCUGCUGGUUCAUGGAGCUUGGAACUACAACCGCGUUGCCAAGUGCAUCCUCUACUGCUUCUACAAGAACAUAGUCCUGUACAUCAUCGAGAUCUGGUUCGCCUUCGUUAACGGGUUCUCUGGGCAAAUCCUGUUUGAGCGCUGGUGCAUCGGCUUGUACAACGUGAUCUUCACAGCACUACCUCCACUGACCCUGGGGAUAUUUGAGCGCUGCUGCAGGAAAGAGAACAUGCUGAAGUACCCGGAGCUCUACAAGACUUCCCAGAAUGCCAUGGGCUUUAACACCAAGGUCUUCUGGGCCCAUUGUCUGAACGGCCUCUUCCACUCCGUCAUCCUCUUCUGGGUCCCGCUGCAAGCCUUCCGGCACGAUACGGUGUUUGGAAAUGGACGGACGCCCGACUACCUCCUUUUAGGAAACAUGGUUUACACGUUUGUGGUCAUCACGGUGUGUCUGAAAGCUGGCCUCGAGACUUCUUCAUGGACUAUGUUCAGUCACAUCGCCAUCUGGGGCAGCAUCGGUCUAUGGGUGGUGUUUUUUGUGGUGUACUCCUCGCUGUGGCCCCUCAUCCCCCUGGCUCCGGACAUGUCUGGAGAGGAGUACAUGAUGUUGAGUUCCGGAGUGUUCUGGAUGGGGCUGUUCUUCAUUCCCGUGACCUCCCUGGUCUUUGACGUGCUGUACAAAGUAGUAAAAAGGUCCUGCUUCAAGACCCUGGUGGAUGAGGUGCAGGAACUGGAGGCAAAGUCUCAGGACCCUGGUGCAGUGGUUCAUGGGAAGAGCCUGACGGAGAGAGCCCAGCUUCUGAAGAACGUGUUCAAGAAGAACACCGCCUCCAUGUACCGCUCUGAGUCCAUGCAACAGAACCUGCUCCACGGCUACGCUUUCUCUCAGGACGAGAACGGAGUGGUGUCCCAGUCAGAGGUGAUCCGAGCGUACGACACCACCAAGCAGCGGGCGGAGGAGUGGUGAAGCCCCGCCCACCCCCCGGGAGGACACCCGCACUUGAAGCGCAGCACCCUACAGCGGGCGCGUCGGAGAAAGCCAACGGGAAGUGACAGUUGCGUCCGCUUCCUUGUGCUCUUAUUUUUUUCGCAGAGAAAGAGAGAGAAAACGAAAGAGGCGGAUUUUGAGGGGCGAGAAAGGGGGAAUUGCGAGAAACGAGAACAUUUACAAAAAAAAAUUUAAAAAAACACGUUCACUUUCUGUUGUUGUGACGUGAGCACUGAGCCUACGUUCCAAUCUGUGGUCUGAGGUUUCUACCCCGUUAGCACUCAAAAGGUGUGAGGUACUUUUUGUUGUUUCAGUUUUAGUUUUUUUUUUUUUUUUAUAUAUUGUUGGCUCAUGUUGAGUAUUUUCAGAAAUGAACCUAGAGGGCUUUGCUGAAGAGCUCUUUUAUGGUUUAACAGGAAAGUGAGUAAAUGUUAAAUGCAAUGAAGGUUUCUUGACUUGAACUCCCACGUCGGAGGAGGCGAAAAUGAGAGAAUGAGAUGCAAAAGAAAAUUCAUCUUUUUUUUCCUGGAGGUUCAGACACCACACUCCACGAAAAAUUGGAAUCUGAAAAUUAAUAACUCUGAAGUCUAGAUUGCCAAAGAACAAAAACGUGUGCGCAGUAUUUUGUCUCGAUUGCAAUCUGACAUUCACAGAUGCAGCUUUAACUUGAAAUAUUAAAAUCUUAACUCAAAUAUUUUAUGUACAAUCCGAAAGCCUACCGAAUUGUUCUGACACUCCAGAAUGGGAUUCUCGUGUUGAAUGAACCUCCGCAAUCUGUACAUUCUUGUGAUACAUUUAUUUAAAUGGUUUUUUUUUCUUUUUGCACUCAAUGUUAUGUAAAAUAUGUGGUGUUAUACCAAGCCUUGAAGGCCUUAUGUGUGGCAUUCUACUUGACUAUGGUCAUUUAAUUUGUGGGCCUUCAUAGUGCCUGUCUGUUCAUUUUCUUUCCACUCUUUCCGGAAGUCACAGUCUAGAGUCGUGAACCUGUUUUUGCAUCUAAACCAUUUCGUACACUGCUUCGGUUGCUCUUAACAGUUCAUUUCAUUCCACACGUUCCUUGGCUGCAACUAUCACAACAGUGCCUACCAGAAUAUUUCCCCGACAGAAAGUAUUUAAGAUGAAAUAGGCCGUCACUAUUCAGCUUUGACUGAACACCCAAAAGGCAAGAGAAAACCUGUCUUUGAGCCCCCUUGCCUGUACACUGCAAUACGGCUGCGAUGGGACGGUUUUGUCCGAUGUGGGACAUGGGUGCUCUGUUCACGGGCUGCCGGGGUGCCGCGAGGCACUUUUUAAAUAAAAUACAUAACGGCAGUACCGAGAGUGGGUUGGGGGUUUAGGGCCGGGACACCACAUUGAACUUUUCUCAUACACGGCCCUCUUUCUGUUUUUCG